AUUGACAAGAAUGAUUUGAACCAAACAAGCACUUGGCUUCAGUCUAAUCAGAGAAAGGACGGUUGCUUCAACAACACUGGUAAAGUCUUCCACAAGGCCAUGAAAGGAGGAAUUGAUGGAAGUGACUCUCCCGUGCCUCUAACAGCCUAUGUGAUGAUUGCUCUCCUGGAGGCCAAUGACAAGUCAUGCAGCCAGGCCGACUGUUUGGCUGCCCAGUGUCUACAAGCAGACUCCUCCUCUGACCCCUACGUUAUGGCGCUCAAAGCCUAUGCUUUCGCCUUGGCUAAGCUUCCUGAAGCCGAAGUAAUUCUCCAGAAAUUGCUGGAACAAGCUGUUGUGACAAAGAACUCCACUCACUGGGAGCUGCCCAAGGGACCAGGCAAGACGAAGGCUGUAGGGGUGGAAACAGCUGGCUACGCCAUCAUGGCCAUGAUGACCCUUGACCCUAAACAAUACGAGCAGCAGGCUAGGAAGGUGGUCAAGUGGAUCACGGCGCAGAGGAAUGGCCAAGGAGGAUUCUAUUCCACACAGGAUACGGUGGUGGCCCUCCAGGCGCUGGCACUGUACGAGACCCACUUGUACCAGGGACCUCUGAACGUGGUGGCAACGGUGACAGCUAGCGGCCUGGCACACCCCUUCACCGUCACCGACGACAACAAACUGCUGCAGCAGUUGGUAAAGCUGCCCACUGUUCCCACCAAGGUCUCCAUCACUAUGGAGGGCCAGGGAUGUGCUGUCUUGCAGGCUGUUCUGCGGUACAACAUUCCUGAGGCUGAGGCGAGUGACGCCUUCGACAUGACCGUCAACACAAACACCGUGCCGGAUGAGAAGUGCGUCACCAAGCGCAUCACUGUGUGCGCCUCCUACCGCCUCCCGGACGGCAAGUCCAAUAUGGCCGUCAUUGAGGUCAAUCUCAUUUCCGGUUACAUCCCAGAGAAAGAUGAUCUGAAGGAACUUCUUAAAAAGGAUAAAAAUAUAAAGCGAUAUGAUGUAGAUGGCAGCAAGAUAGCUUUCUAUAUUGAAGAAUUAACUGCUAAAGACACUUGUGCAAACUUCCGUGUAAUAAGAGACAUAGAGGUGGAGGAGGUCAAGCCCGGCACAGUGCGUCUCUAUGACUACUAUCAGCCAGAGUUCCAGAUCUCAAAGAGCUACACGCUUCCUCCUCCAACUGAGUGCCGCUAGGACAUACACUUCUGAUAAUAUUCCUAGUAUACUAAAAUGAUGCUAGGAUCAAUAGCUUGUGCUGGGAUAACAACUGAUGCUAGGACUGACAUUCAUUCAUAAAUUUCUAGAAGAUUCCAACGUUGCAAAAGUGGUGGACUAUGUUAACGAACACAUCCGACUUCAUCCUACAGUUAUCAUCUCUCCGUUAUUAUCUGUUUGCCUUGCAAUAAUGUUUGCCUAUAAUUUUAUUACCAAUCAAAAGGGACAUCUGUCAGUUACUUGUAUAUGUAUUAUCUCGUGUCCUUUUUGGUUAUUGUGCAUUUUGAUUUUCCAUCGUUAAUGAAAAGUCUGUUUACACGUGUGUAUAUCAGCAGUAUCAGUUGUGUGUAUUCUGAGUGAGAGUAAACAUGUGCCUUAUUGUUUGCAACUGGAACAAUUAAACAGUUUUUGUCAAAAAAUAGUAUAAUCCUUCUCCGGAAAUGCCAUUUAUUGUACAUUACUCCUCUAGUUUUUGGCAACCACGGCAAGUCUUUCCAUUUGCUCCGAUCCUGUGCUGUCUUAACCCUUUGCAGGGAUAAGGCUAAAUAUUUGUUGCAGCCAAAAUCGAGAAUAUUGAGAUUUGUAGUUUUGUCACUGACCUAUAGAGAGAAACCUGGUGUUUCCAUCUGUACCAGUGAACUUAAUCCUACUUGGAACUUUAGUCGAAAUAGUUGAUGAAGAGGUGUUGUAAUUUUAGAGUAAGAGGUACAGAUUUUUGGUCAAGACUAACGUCUCUAAUUAAACUAAUUCAUAGAAUAUAGUCACCACAAUGUAUAAUAUCGAGCUCAUUCGUUCAUUGCCUUGUAUAGUUAGUUUAAGUUAAUAAUCCAUUGUGUCGGGGGACAGACAGCCAGUGUAUAUUUAUUACAUAGGCUUAUAUCGAGGUCCUCCCCCAUCCCCCCGGGGUCGAACUACUGACCCUUCCCAAGAUGAAGCCCCACAAGAAGCUGACUAACUCCUGAGUACCUGCUUACUGCUAGGUGAACAGAGUCAUUAGGUGAUUCUCGUAGUUCCCGAUUGUGAGUCGGGAACGAACCCGACUGUACUACCAGGACCCUAAAGUCUCUAUCAGGUAAAUCAACUUAAAAUAUUAUGCCGAGUGCUAUUUUUGCGCAUAAUUGAAGGUGAUUGGACACUGUUUGAAGCUGAGUUUUUAUAUAGAAAUGGAAAAUAAUAGAAAACGUAGAUGUCUUGCAUUUUACCCAAAUCGACCUCCAGUUUGAAAAUACGAUGCAUAUUGGAAAUAUUACUCCUGACCAUUAUUUUUUUUACUGUAAUUCAGGGUGAUUGCACAUAUUUGAAGUUUUAAAUUACAUCUUUUUAUAUGGGAAAUAUGACUAUAGGUGAAAAUAGAGAUUUGUCAUAUUUUACCCAUAUUGAUCUGAAGUUUCAAAACUAUGAUGGCUAUUUAAAAUCUGAUGCUUUAGUGCAACUUUUGUAGCGUAAUUCAGGGUAGUUGCACACAUUUGUAAGUUUCACAAUGGAUGAGAAGACUUUUAAAAGACAAAUGCGAUCAGUAAUUAAAGGAAAGUUAUCUGACUGGAAAAUGUCACCAGCGGAGUACCAUAUGGUUCACUACCAAUAGUAAUGUGUAUUAACUAUAUAAAUGGAUAUCUGCUAGAGGGCAUACAACAUUAUAUGUUUGCAGAUGAUGCAACAUUGGAGAAGGGAGUUUGGGAAUUAGAAGACUGUAUUGACCUCCAAAAUGAUCAUGACAAAGUGAGUGAGUGUAGCUAUACAUGGCGAAUUGAUUAUGUAUCUCAUUCCAUUAUGUAAACAAAUAUAAUGGAAUGCAGAAUAGCGGAAAACAGGCCAAACACAACCUACACAUUAUGUGAAAAGAUAAUAAACACCUGUGACAAAGUUUU